GCGCCGCCCGCCAGUGCAGCAUCGCCCGCAGGUUGCCUGCGCCGGCUCCCCCCGCGGAGCCCGCCCGGCUCCCGCUGCCCGCACCGGUCCGCCUGCCCGGUGGGCCCCCGCCUCCUCGCCGCCCGGCCCGCUGCCGCUGCCAGUGCGACGCUCCCCGAGGGCGGCGCGGCGCGGCGCGGCGCGGCGCGGCGCGGCCUCUCCGGGCACCGAGGGCCGGCAGCCAAUCGGAGCGGCGCUGCCGGGCCGGAGCUGUUUACCCGGUCUCAGUCCGCCUCCCCGUCGGGGCGCCGCCGAGGCGGGGAGCGGGCAGAGGGAGAGGCACGGCCGCGGAGGGGAGGCGGCCGCGGCGCGGAGCCGCGCGGGGAGCGGAACAAAGCGCCGAGGCGCGGCGCGGGGGCCGAUGACAGCCUGGCCCGCGGGCUUCCCUCCCGGCUGCGUCUCCCCGGCGGGAGAGACCCACGCUCGUACCUGACCAUGAACCCGAGCCGGUCCCGGCUGGGCCACCCCGGCGUCUCCCGCUGAAGGGACUGGCUCCUUGCCGACCUGCCCCGCUCCCUUCCUCUUCCUCCUCGCUGCUGAGGCCGUCGCCUCUCCCCGGAGACCUGCCGGAGUGAUGGGCUGCAUCGGAUCCCGGACCGUGGGAAACGAGGUCAUUGCAGUAGACUGGAAAGGACUGAAAGAUGUGGACCAAAUCAAUAUGGACAGCACCAGUUCACUGCAUGGCAGCAGCUUCCAUCGACCUUCCACUGAGCAAACACGGACAGAUUUUUCCUGGGAUGGUAUUAAUCUCUCCAUGGAAGAUACAACCUCCAUCCUCCCCAAGCUGAAACGCAACUCCAAUGCUUAUGGGAUUGGGGCUUUGGCUAAAUCAUCUUUCUCUGGGAUAUCCCGCAGCAUGAAGGACCAUGUCACAAAGCCAACGGCUAUGGGCCAAGGCCGUGUGGCUCACAUGAUUGAAUGGCAAGGCUGGGGUAAAGCUAACAGCCAGCAGCAGCAGCACACUCAUGAGACAGCACGCAAAGAUGCUGAUGCCUACUCAGACCUGAGUGACGGUGAAAAGGAGGCCCGGUUCCUUGCAGGAGUAAUGGAGCAAUUCGCUAUUUCUGAGGCGACUCUCAUGGCCUGGUCCUCAAUGGAUGGUGAAGAUGUGAGUGUAAACUCAAAUCAGGAUAAUCCAGCAGGCAACUACUCUGAGAACUAUCAGGAGCUAAUGGAGAGCCAAGAGCACAUGGCCCAGACACAGUAUGAUAGCUGGCCUCAUUCCUAUGUCUCACAGGGCAUGUAUUGCUUAGGUUCAUCUGAUGCCUGGGAGACCAGUGACCAGUCCCUCAUUGCUUCCCCAGCAACUGGCUCCUAUUUAGGCCAGAAUUUUGAUGACUCCCAGACAAACCUUCAGGAAAGCAUUUUGGUUCAGAGCAGCAUCAUCCAGCAGCAACAGCUGCAGCAACAGCAACAGCAGCAGAACUUCAUCCAGAGCUCAGGGCUGGUCCACGUGUGGCCCCUGCAGACUGCUCAGGGUGGGGAUGGGGCUGAGUCCAGCACCUAUAUGGAGGACCAUGUUGAGGAUGAAGGGAACCCACGGCUGGAGAAGGCUCCUCUCCUAAAUAAGAAGCCCUCUCCAGAGGAGGAUGAUGCAGUGUGCCGGGACCUAGAAUCACUAUCUCCUAGGGAGGAGCUGGAGCAUGCUGCACUAAGCCGCAAAGUCUCAGAUGUCACCUCUUCUGGGGUGCAGUCCUUUGAUGAGGAAGAGGGAGAAACAAACAACUGAUGCUUUCUGUGAAGUUCUCAUCACUGCUAAACAAAGAAAGGGGUGGCAAGGAAUGAAAUGAUGGGGAUUCUUCUCUCCAGCUUCCCGGACUUCCAAGCAGACACACCUUCCAUUCCUGACAUUUAAUUAUUUUUUAAAUAAGAGGAAAAUCUGAAAGUGAUUGACAGAUGAAGACCUCUUCUUCCCCUUCACCAUGGACAUAUAUUUCCAAGUUUCAUUGCUCUGGGCAAUACACAUGAGGUGCUUGGAGAAAUCUGGAUUGGUAAAUUAUUUCUAAAUCUUUUUAAUACAAAGCUUUGGCUCUGGAUACAAACUCCUCUGGUACUGGGGAUGUGGCUGAUGAGACAGGCUUGAUAUGGGGAGUGGCUAUGUGGCUAGGAUCCGUCUUGGCAGAAUGAAUGUUGCUUCGUGGAUGCAGUCCCCUUUGAUAGAAUAUGUGAAUAUAGACUGUUUAAAACUGAAGAUAUGGCGUUACAAAUAUAGAUUGCACUAGUGUAGUGAUCAUGGCUGAUGCAGAGGAUAAGGCUGUAUUCAAUACCGACUGUACUGAGAUGAAGGACUGGCUCUGUAACCAGAUCCUCAAUAGCACCUUGAUAUGGAAUUGUAGGCUCAAUGGAUACAGGCUGCACUCCAUGGACACAGGCUGUGCUGCAGUACAGAUAUUGUGGCUCUGUAGGCAUGGCUCUACUGUGGCAUGGAGGAAUGGAUAUGGAUGCGAAUCUAACCCUGCUUUAGGAUACUCUUGCUUUGGUCUCUUUCAAAUCUUUUGUUUGUUUGUUUCUCCCUUUGACAUUUCUACCUGCCCAGGAGCUGGCAAGACUGGUGUGUCCUUUCAGUGCUGGGCACUGAAUGCCAGUGGAAAGGACAUUUUCAGCUACAGAGGCAGUCAUAAAAAGCUGACUCUUGCAGGGGGCUUCAGAAUAUAUCCAUCUUGGUACUGCUGCUGUAUCCUUCUGUCUUUUCCUUUGCCAGUACUAAGACCCAGAGAGUAGACAGCAGAUCCAAGAACAGUGUGUACAGCUAUAAGAUCACAAAUUUCCAGUUUGCCUUGGAAGUUUUGUGCGUUUCUUUUUUUUUUUCUUUUUUUCCCUACAUUUUUAUACUUCUGGGUAAGUGUUCUUAACAAAGCAGAUAAUAUUGGGAAAGGCCUGUGCUCCAGCCAUCACUGAUCAGAAAUACUGCACCUUUCCCAUUUCUGCCACUCCUUCUGCAGUGCCAAAUGUAAAUGGAGGAAAAGGGGUGAGAGAGAAAAUUUUCUUCUCCUAUUUCUUUGUCAUUCCUGCCUAUAUUUUCUUUUUUUUCUCCCCCCAAACAAUGUAAAUAAUCCUCAGUGCUUGGUCCAUUUCUUUUUCCCUCCCAUUUCUUCUUUAGGAGUGGAGAAAGCUGGUUUCAGUUUCACUAUUUAUAUGGGUUCAAUUUUUUUUGUUUGUUUGUUAAGAAAGCUUAUGGUUUAUUGAGUAAUGGGAGUCUGGUCUCUCACAAUUCCUUGCUAUGUUUCUGCAGACAUUCUUUUUGGGGGAAGGGGCUUUGAAAGGAAAUUGAACAAACCAUCUCCACUCAAGUUUUCAUCAGAAAAUAAAUGGGAGCAAAAUCAAACCAAACCAAAAAAAAGUAUAAGGCUAUUGAUUUUGCUGGAGGACUGAACAGAACCAGCAGAGAUUACACAAGCAUUGUUUUAAUUGCAAUACCACUUGCAAGGAAGCCUCAGCAAAGCAUGGGUUUAUAUCUGAUGCCAGAGAUGAGCUAGAGAAAGGAAGUUGCCUGGACACUGCCACACUAUCCCGGGGCACCUCUUUCUCACUUACUCCCAACUCAUAUCUACUCUGUUCAGUUCAUGAUACAUUUGUCUCUUCUUUGCCUCCUCUUCAGGCUUGAUACAUUGCUUGGAUGACAAGAAAGUGAUACAUGCUCCUUUCUUGAUUCAGGUUUAGACCCCAGCAUAUUUGCAGGAAGAAAAUCUGAGGAGAAUAAAAUGUGACCAAAGUAAUAUCAUCAAGGCUCAGAGUUCAGACAGCUCCUGGCAAGCAAAGCAGAUUAUGUCCAGGAACUAUGAGAAGUGUGAAUGGGACUCUCAGAUAGGAUUUUAGCCCACUCAGCUUUCUGCCACUUACACAUGCAGCAGCAUGAAGAGGGAACUCCUUCAGGAACUCCCAAGUCUUGCCAGCCAGCUUCACUUCGAGUGGAUCUGUCUUUCCUCUCCAUUGCACCUGAAAGGAAAACACCUUUGGGAGACUUAAGUAAGACUGAUAAUUUGGGGUAGGUAAGAGAUAAAAGCUUUUGUGAGACCUUUUUUGCCUCCAUUUCCUUGGGCUUGCCUACAUCUUUCUUAGGAGGUAGCUCUUCUCCUGAAUGAUGACCUUUCAAUAUCUCUUUAAAGAUGUUUACACGUUCAGGUGCUAACCUCCUCCAGGCAGGAGAAUUUGAUGAAGAUGAUCUCCUACAGUUCUUGCAGGGGCAGUGCUAGCUCAGUGUCCUGAACUGGUUUGGGUCUAGCCAUGGAGCAGGGCUUAGGAAAUCAACUAGCCAGAAAGGGGAGAUGGGGCAAGUGCCAAGGGCACCUCAGCAUGUAACAAAUGAGUAAGUGUUAACUUUUUCUUACUGUAUUUUUUUUAAAACCUUCAGGGAACCAAAAAUGGUCUGGUAUGUUCCUUUGUGGGAGAAGGUUUGAGUGGCAUGUUACUUUUUUGUCUGAACUAUUUUGUCCCCAUGUGCCUCUCCAUGACCAAUCUGGAUGUUUAUGGUAACUUUCAGUGUAGCUUCAAUCUUGCUCCCUGCAUAUCCUCUAUAGGAUUGGGAUGAGUGGGUCACCUUGUCCAGGGCUUCUUUUUCUUUUAGUGUGUGGUACAUUUACUGAGAUAUAUGAUCAAUGUAUAAAAGAUGUACAUUUUCUCCAAGCAAGGGAGUGAUGGGGAAACAUUAUACUAUGUGGGAAAAAGCCUGAACCUCCCCUCUCCCCUGCCCCCGACCUCACAGAUAGUUCUACAGAAUGGAAUAGCAACCUUUCUGUAGGGUUUUCUAAACUCUGUGGAAUGGGUUGAGAAUUACAUCCUUCUGUGUAAUUCCAUAACCUGAUCUCUAGAAACCUGUAGAUAGUCUUUCAUUCUCUGUGAAAUCUGUCUGGUUUGAAAAAUAAUCUCUAUAUAAACUUAUUAAUUUCAAGCUUACUAAAUUCUAUAAGACUUUUUCAUAAAGGUCUUCCCUUUCCGUGAAUAAAAUUCCUUCCUUUUUUUUUUUUUUGAAAAAGGGAAAAGCUAUUUUUCAUGACCUCUCCACCAUCCAAAAGAGAAAUGUAUCUACCUCUCCAGUUGCCAGGAGCUUGACUGGAGAGAGCAGUGCUGUGUAUCACCACUUGCUACCUGUGUGAGCAUCCUGAGUUGAACUGGAAAGGCAAUUUGAAUCUCUCUGAAAAUAGAAAAAUGAUUUGUAUAAUCAGGCUUUUUCUUAUGUAAUACGCCUGCUGCCUGUGUGUAUCCAAUAUCAGAGGGAGGGGCCUGGAACCUACUGUACAUUUCCCAGAAAAGCCUUUAUUAUAUACCUGUACCUUCUCAAGCAUAUGGAAGGCACAAGUGUUCUGUAAGCAAAAUUUGGCCUGCAAUUCCUUUAUCCUGGUGAGGAUGGAUGAUUUGGAGAGAGUCCAGCCAAAUACUCAGAGCCCAAACUGAAUUUGUGAGGCUGGCAAUAAGCAGGAAAGGUAAGCUGAAUAUGCUUGAUCUAGAGUUACUAAGAAACUGAGCUCUGCUGUUUGUUUAUACAUACCCUUUGUAGAACACAGCUACACUACAUAAAAAUUUGGGAAAUUGCAGCAGAGGUAGAAGAUUCCCUUUUUUUUUUUCCUUUCCACCCUAGAGCCUUUGUCUUCAACAGGAGCUGCUGCUGUUAUUGUGCUGAAUAUGAAUGAAUGCUUAAACACAAGUGACCCUAUUUGAAAAAGACUGCAGAUUGCACUGUAAGAAAAUUCUCUCAUGUUCCUUUCCACCGGUUGCUUAUAUCUGAUCAGUUACACUACUGCAUUUAAACCUAGAAAGUGAAUUGAGGGAGGAAUGGGGACACAGGGUUGAAAAAGUCUCAGCAGGAUUAUUAUAUUAAGAAUUGGAGCCAGCACUUUCAAUAUAUCCUAAUAAAGCAUGGGAAGUGACUGCCUCAGAGCAAACAAAGCGUAGGAGAUGGAGAUCUUUCAUUUCUAAGGUAUAGCUUCCACGUUUCCCAUAUGUUGACAACUGGGAGAGUUAAGGUGCUCAAUGGUACAUGGAAGAUUUUAUCCUAAAGACCUUGAUAAAAAAAGGUGGCUUGGGAACUGAGGCACCCUCCUAUGUCACUGGUUUAGGCCUCUUCCUAUGUAGCAGUAGCUGUAACACUUCCCUAUAUGACUGUAUAUGAUUUGAUGAAUCUGAAAUUGAUUAACUGACCCCCCCCACCCUUUUUCCAGUGGCGGUGUGGGGAAGGAAGUAGAGUUAAUGCUUUUAUUCUUAUGGUUGUGCAACACAGGGGGAGGUCACAUCUCACUUUCUUUAUCCAUGUCUUCCAUGUUCAGGCACCCUUCCUGUGCUUCAGUCACAUGAGGGCUACAGGCCCUGCUCCCUGCUCCCUUCAGGAACCUGGGAUUAAAAUGACUUGGAUAAUCUUUGAAACUACCCAGCAUUUUGCUUGUACAUUCUAAAACUCAAAGUCAACGAUCGUACAAGGGAAGCUUACAUAAGCUUUUAUUUAUAUAAAUCUAAAGCUUUCUUUACAAGCCUUGUGAGUUCUCUUCAACCCCAUUACCUCAGGCUCUGGGAUGGAGAAGUCAAUCUGCCUCUUUCAGUUUCUGUGACUCUAAAUCAGCGUCUUCUUCUGGGAAGCUGCUGACAAGCCACUCGCCUUCCCCUUCACCUUUUUUCUUUACCACACUAAGACUUUAACAUCACCUUUCAUGGUAGGCUUGCAGCAAAGAGAAGAGUUCAGCUAUACCUCUGAGCUGAUCAGAUGGCAAGUUGCUGUGAAAGAGGCAGUCUGCCCUGGCUGUGCUCACUUCUCACAGUCCUUGUGCAGAUGCUGAUGCACAACUGACCCCACAGCAAGCCGAAGCAGAAAGUCAGAAUGGUAGACGUGAACCCUGUUGUAAAAGUGAAGAGGGAAGAGCUCUGAUGCGAGAGAGAGCGCGCCCGAGAGAGAGAGAGAGAGAGAGCAUGCGUGCGAGUGCACAUGCUCGCGCGUGCAAUGUUUUCAGCAGCAGCUGGCCUUUAUAUCAGAUUAGGUAAAUUGUGAAACUGCACUUUGAAAUGGCAUCUUCAUGAUGAGUUUAAGCUGCUGAAAGGGGCUGUCCUUUCUCCUCCCCUCCCUCACCACCAGCUGGAUAUUUCUGCUGCCUAAGUAGCACCAGUACUAACAUUCGUUUAUCUAUCCAGGAACUGGUCCCAUUGAAAACUAAUCCCGUCCUCUACCAAAAAAGAGGUUUCAGUGGGAUCAGCUCCUUGUGUUGGUUCACUUGGCUAGGCAAGCAUCACUGAGGACAGGUGAAACAUCAUGUCAAAGGAUAUUUCUUUGGUUGCAGAUGCAGCUUAAAAUGGCUUAAACUAAUCAUGAAAUUUCUGGCUGAGAAUAAUAAACCCACCUGAGCUACCAUGGAGGAUGUAUCCAUCCCCUAGUACCUUCUCUCCUGUUUUCUUUAGAAUUUCUAGUAUUCCCUCAUUUGAAUUGCUCUUUGCUGUUAUUUAACACUGUGUAAUUUCCCUCAUUGUUCCCUCCCCUUCCACAGGGUCCUCUGAGUUAACCCCUUGCAAUCAGGCAGGAGGAGAUGGGUAACUUGACAUGCAUCUGGAAUUCAUAAAAUUAACAUGCACAAGUCUGUCAUGCACCCAGUGAUUACACUCCACAGCAGAUGAAGAUACUGAUGGAUCUUCUUCUGCAAUUGCAAGAGGCAGAGCCAUAUGAAGGAGUGAGAGACACAAUGGGAUUUUGGAGGAGGGCAGUUCUUGGAGGUGAGGCUUAUCCAUGUCUUUAAACCAGUCCCAAGCUAGUGUGAGAUUCAGAAUGGCUCUUCACACCUAGGCAGAGUCCAUGUGAUAAACUGUGUUUGAAACAUAAAAUUUAGUUACAGGCCAUGGAAAGAUGACUGGAUAGAAGAAAACUGCUCUCUUCAUUUGACAGAGGUAUGGUAAUGGGGUGAGGCAGGGUACAACAGGACAGGCUUGUGGACAGCUGUGUAUGCUCCAUGCAAUAGUGAGGGGUAGUGUGGCUAGAGAGGGAGACACACUGAGGGAAAAGCUUGGGGGAAGAGACCAAGAAAAGCUUGAAGCUGUAUAUUUACACAGUUAGAAGGCUUCCUGGAAGACUCUAGGAAGAAUGGGAUCAGGCAGAUAAUUGCUGUACAAGCUACAGCUUCAGGACUGGCACAGCUCUUGAUACUCCUUAGUCCAAGCCAUACUUGUUUCUGUAAGACCGAAUGAUAGGACAGAGAUCCCUCUGAAUUUGGGCAGCUACUGGCUUUAAAAAACAGCUCACUGCAUACUAAAUUCUGCUGCUUUAGGGGAUUCAUAUAAAAAAUACCCCCAAAGAAGAACUCAGUCCUUGUCCAAAUGAAGUUAAUGUGAAUUCUGUCUUCAGUGGGAACCCCAAAUCUCUAAAUUUAGCUCAGUUUGCCUUAACUAUUACAAUAGUAAUUGCCUAGAAAGGGAAAGAAAAGGAUAAAUAAAAUAAAGCCACCUCUAAACUUCUGGAGUCAGGGCAAGGCUGGCAUUAGUUUUUUGUAACCCUGAUCAGUGUCAUAUCAAUCUAUUCAGUUUGCCAAAGCCCCUGCUCUCUUGCAGUCUAAAACGCUUCCUCUUAAUUUCUCCCAGAUCAAAUUUCCCUUAUUCAGACAAUUCAAAACAAUCUGUCAUUUCCCUUAAACUAGCUGCUUAACCAAAAGAAAGGCAAAGAAAGGAAAGAAAAAAGAAAUUCAUUCCAAUAUAGAGAUUAUCACAGCUAGUGCCCUUACAUCUAAAAAAGCAUAAAUAAGCAACAGUUUCAUUGAGAAUUGGGUCCCCCCCCCAUCGCAAUCUGACAGGGAAAAAUUGCUAUACUGUGGCUCAGGGAAAGGAAAAAUAAACAGGGAAAAUGUGAGGAAAACAGUGCCUAUUAAAACUAAAUAUAUGUGGAGCAUAGCCUACAGUCAUUAAAGCACAGUCUCAAAAAAGAAUGCAAGCUGUAAAGUCAACAUCAGUUGCCUCUUUUAUAUCAGAGGCUUUUCACAGACUAAAUAGUAGUGAAUCUGCAUAGCAGCAGAAGAAACCAGUUCGACAUCUGUGCCAGAUCAGUGUCUCUCUUCAUCUCAGAACAUGUCACAGAGCCUGGACAAGGCUGUUGGGGACACUGUGCUCUCAGCAGCACGACCAGUUUUAUAAGUUUGCUGGAUAGGGAUAAAAACCAAAUGGCUACUAUUUUAGCAAACAAACAUGGAAGACCUGCACUUAGAACAUUAGGGUCUAUUUAUGCCCUUGCACUGGCUUUUUUCCCAGCGUAGGCAUGACAAAGUGUAGUCCUUUUCUUGGAAAUCAAGAAAAGCUCUAUGAACCUCAGUGUUGGUCUGCACAUGUGUAAUAUGGUCCAGAAGAGACUAUGCAAUGUAUUUUGCCGAAACAGAUACACAUUGUUGGAAGAGUAAACGUUACAGUCAGGCCAAGGCUCUCUGAGAAAUGGUAUUUUUACUAAAACUUGUAGGGACUUUUUUCUUAAAAUUAUGAAAUCUAGUUCAAGUAAGAUUUUUUUUGGUGCAGUCAUCAAGGGACUUGCCUGAUGAUGAAAGAUAGCUGCUGUCUUCUAGGAAAAGAAGGUUUGCUGUGUUCUAUGAAAAGACUAUUACUAAGCAUCCUCCUGUCCUCUUUUGAUCAGGCCCAUUUUAAAUGCCGUCUGAAACCCAGUCCUGUUUCUGCUCUUCCCUAAGGAAACAAAUGUCCAUGCUAGUCAGACAAAAACAUUUUUCUCCACCAUGAAGACGAGAUCAUGCACCAAGUGUUACUUCUAGUGAGAUAAAAGCAUUCAGUCCGAGUUCACUUGGCUGUUGGACUGAUUUUCAUUGGGCAUGGAAAUCCAGUCAUGAAUUGGAGGUCAAAAGAUCAAAACCCCUGUUCUAGAGCUCUGCUGACCUUUCAUGAGGCAAGUACAGGCGGGCUUCCCUUCUUUUCAGGUACUGUAUGUGUGAGCAAUGUGGCAAGCCAAAAGCUCUUUUGCAGGUACAUAUUCUUGCUUGGCUUCAGUUUUUCUUCUCCGGUUUGUGGGCAUUGUGCCUGAUUGGAGGUCUUUGAAAAACCCCUAGACUGUAGAGUUGGGAUUCAAAAAUAAUUUUACAGGGAACAGGAUUUCUUUUGUUUCGGCUCAUUCCACAGAUGGGAGGGUACAAACUGAGAGCUUGGGAGUUACAAGGGUGGUGGAUGGGGGUCUCAUGGGUGGAACAGAGAAUGAAUUCCUGAAGCAUGUUUAAAAGUAACUAAAGGUUUGGGGCUUCAAAUGUUGCAUUUUCAAUGUUUGAAACUGCUUUAGCAUCAGGGUAUGGGACAAUGGAGUUUGCAGCUGUGCAAUUUAAAGAGCCUUUCCCUCAUCUGUACACAUUUUCUGUAGGGGGAGGCUCAUUGGUGAUUAUUUGCAUUCUUUCAAGCUAGUGUUUACAGAUGUGAAUUAAUGUUUGGGGGGAAAGUAGUGAAUGGAAGUAAAUGUAGUAAUGGAAGUAAAAUAGAAAGAGAAAGGGGCCCACUGUUGUAAGCUUUCAUCCCUACCUUGUCCCACAUGAGCCCUUAAUAAUUAAAAUGAGUCUGAUUUGCCUUUGGUCUUCCAGCUCCAAAACACAUUUGCCUGAAAAUUUUUGUUGGAUAUUCUUCGCAUGUUUUGAUAAUGUGACUUAUGAGAUAACACUUCUACAAAGAUAUAUAUAAAUACACACACAUACAAACACAUACAUACAUGUACACACACUACAUAUAGACUUAGGAAACUAUAUGACACUAUACACCUCCAUGCCUGUAUGUGGCAGCAACCACAGUAAAGAAGGGGAGGUAGUUCAAAAUAGCAUGUACAGUCCUUUACGGAGUUGUUAUUAAACAGAAUGUGGUCUUGCCA